CUCUGAUUCCGACCACUUUCUGGUCAUGGAGUGUCUUAAAAUCUAAGUUAAAUAUAUGCCAUCACCAGAAUUAAUUGUUAAUGCCUAGCCUUUUGACCAGGUGUGCAAUGCAGUUGACAUUGUCGUCCGGCGUUACACAAUACCGUUGAUGGUUCAAAGAAUUGAACAGGGAACUAUUGUUGGAAAACUGCAUCUGGCGUAAAUAUUGGCAAUUUAAUGUUGAUAUUUUGCACUGUAUACUUUUAUUAUCUUAUCGUAAUUUUGUUAUGUGAUAUGAAUUGAUUUUUACGAAGAAAUAAUAAUUUUAUUUUUAGGGCACUUUAUGCUAUAUCUGUUGCAUUUACACAUUCAAUCCUGAUGAGAAUUCGCCUUCGUUAGACAUCAGUACUGAUGAUGGGAAUGUACAGAUGCCAAAUGCCUGUCCAUCAGUGUCAUCUUUACCAGCUAUCGCUUCUCCUUCUUUGUCUUUAUCUCCAUCUUCUUUGAUGCCUUCCUCUUUGAUGACUACGAAGAAGGUAGCAUCAACAUUCACAACAGCAACACCGACACCAACGACUGAGAUUGUCGUGCACAGUCAAUGAAAAUGUCUGCUAGUUUAUGGGAUCAAAUCUUUCAAUGUAUGAAUCAACGCCGUGAUCUACUGAAUAAUGGUCAUCAUCAUCAACACGGUCCAUUUCCACCUGCUGCUACUAUCACCGCUACUACGAGUACUACUGCUGGUGUUGUUGUUGCUCCUCCUCAUCCUUCAUGUAGUAGUAGUCAACCUGUUGGAUAUGUGCAUAAAAUAUUUGAUAAUAAAGAGAAAAGCAUCAACAACUUCAGAAACUAG